UUUUUUUUUUUCUACACACGCUAUUGUAUUGGAUGGAAGUAAUCCCAGUAGACAGACGGCAUUACAGUAGUUAUUUCAACAUAUAAUGGGAGAACUAAUUCAUCUGAGUAUACAUCGAGCAUGCAUUGGUCUGGGGCCUAAGCCAACUGCUCUUGAAUUUCAGAAGCAAUUAUGGACGGAGAUCUGAGUGAAGGCGGCAUGCAAAAUGUUGCGCUGAAUGACGGAGCCAUCAAUUCUGAGAACCAGCCCCUAGCUGGAGCUGGAAUGUCCAUGAGCAAUGCUGUCAACAACUCUGGAGGAGUGCAGUCGCCCACGUCCCCGACGCAGCCCAUAGCAGUCUCUCAGAAUCGGCCCACCUCUCUUCCACAGUACCCCCAUAACCCAGGUUCAUCAUAUGCCUCCCCCAAUAAUGCCAAUAGUCCUGAGUACGGGAAUAAGUGGUCCUGUUAUAUCUCGCCGUUUCCAGCCAUGUCUCCCGUCCCUUUAGCAACGCCCACAACACCCAGCAGUGAAAAUGGCGCAGCGGUCGUACGGUCAGGGUCAAGCAAAAUGGAGAGCAUCAAGACGUGGUCUAUCUCCACAUAUAAGUGCACUAAGCAGCUCAUUUCCGAGAAAUUAGGCAAAUCCUCACGGACAGUAGAUACUGAGCUGGAAGGUCAGAUUGAGGCGCUGCGAGACACGCAACGUAAAUAUUCACAAAUACUACGGUUAGCAAGAGCUUUAUCUUCACAUUUUUACCACGUUGUUCAAACACAACAGCAGUUAGGCGAUGCAUUCGCUGAUCUAGCCCAGAAAUCUCCAGAGCUUCAAGAAGAAUUUAUAUAUAAUGCCGAGACUCAACGAACUCUAACCAAAAAUGGAGAAACUCUCCUUGGUGCAUUAAAUUUCUUUGUUUCCUCUGUCAACACACUUUGUAACAAGACCAUGGAAGACACUUUACUUACCAUCAAGCUGUACGAAGCUGCAAGGGUGGAAUACGAUGCGUACCGUAGUGACCUUGAAAUGAUGUCACAACAACCAAGGUCUGAAAUAAGUAGCAUCAAGUUAGAGGAGGCGCAGAGGAACUUCAGUAUGCACAAGGCGCACUAUGACAGGUUGAGGGCAGACGUAGCAAUUAAACUAAAAUUUUUGGAUGAAAAUAAGGUUAAAGUAAUGCACAAGCAGUUGCUAUUAUUCCACAAUGCCGUUUCGGCAUAUUUUAGUGGUAAUCAGACGGCCCUAGAAGCAACGCUUAAGCAGUUCAACAUUAAACUUCGCAGUCCCAACACAGCUCCCCCUUCUUGGCUUGAACAAUCUGUGCCAGAGACGUUUCAGACAAUUUUUGGUAGUCUAAACUCCCCAACCAAGUAACAUAAGCCAUCACUUUCACAUUCUUAUAACUAUAAAUCAUUUCAGGCAAUGAAUGAUCAGCCUAAAGGAAUUUUAUUUUUCUAUGUAGCUGCGAGGAACAAAUGUAAGUAAACGCUGACAUUUAGUUACAUGAACUCCAAGUGAUUGUGAGGAUGCUAUAUAUGGCACAUUGACAUUGAAACAUAUGUAUGUAUUUGCAAAUCAUGAGCUUUCUAAAAUUUUGACAAAAUUAUAACCAUGUUUGUAUCGUCAAAUUUGCAAAAAAAAUGAUCCUGUGAUUGAGCAAAUGUUUUUUUAUGAAUUGGCAAGUGCCCUUGUAAAACAGAAGUAAUAAGCAACAUUCUUAAUUCUCCUGUUUUAUAUUUACAUGUAUACAAAGACUUGAGUUGAAAAAAUCAUGGCCAAGUAAAUGUCACUUAAUGCCAUAUGCUUUAUUAAGAGGGCAUUAUUAUACAGAAGAAAUGUGGCUUCAUAUUUUAUACUGUAAAAUCUGGGUCAUGUGUUAAACUCACGUGUAUGAUACUUGUAAUUUUUGUGUAAUGACUUAGUAACGCCUAAGAAAUAUUUGCAAUAUUCAUGUAUCGUUUACAAUGUUUUGUUUGUCUUUGUUUCAAGAUUUUACCCAAGUUAUAGGGGUUUGCAAUUUCAUAGGAAAUUUGUCAGAUGGAAGAAAAUGCCUUAUCAUUGAAGUCCAAGUGGUAGGGAAGCUUUAGAAAAAAAGAAGUUGGUUGAAAAAGUGAUAUGCUUCACUGUGUAGUUGAAGAUGUUUUGAAAACCUGGUGAUGAAAUUUUGUAAAUGCUGCUGUGGUCCAUUGUUCGGAUCAGUAAUUUAAUCACAUCUGCUCGCAUAUUGUAGGUUCUAUAAAUUUAAUAUUGAUAUUAGUAAUCAUUCUAGUCAAUUUUGUAUGGUUACAUCAAAUUGUACUAUUACACUUUGUAGUUAACAGUAGCAGCACAUUUGUAACAUGAUACAAAAAUUAUGAAGGCUAAAGAACCAAAAAUCAAUCAAGACAUUACUAUGUAAUGGAUUUUGUCAUUUUCUUUCCUCUUCUAGUCAUCUACCUUGUCUUUUUUUAUAUAUAUACAUAUACCUCAGCAGGAUUGAGUCUUUUAACAUGUAACCCCCAAACUGUUGCUGCUCAUUCAAUGACAGUCUACUCCUCGUUUGUUUCAUUCCAUUAUCAGUGGGUUGUAAAUGGUUCUAAUGGGUUGCUGCUUGAUUUUAUAAGCCUUGUUGACCCAAUGCAAUAGAGAACAAAUAAAGCAAUUGUGAUUUGGUAACAAAAGAACAAGGUUUUUGAACAAAAUGUUCUAGGAGCAAUCUGAAAAUAUAGAACAUGUCAAAAGUAGUACCAGACUAGCAAACAAAUUUGUAUCGUUUCUUUGUCUCACUUACUGGAGAGACCCAAUAAAAGUAACUUCAGAGCAGUUUUGGGGUUACGUAGUUCCUCAUUCCUGUCCUGUGGUGUUGUAACAGCCAAAGCCAUCGGUGGUAAUAUGCCUUGCUGGUUCCUUUAACUUUAUGGUUUUCUCCACCUGGAUUUCUGGUCAGUCAGAUUAUUUUACGCUCUAUUUUUCUGUGUAUAAUCAAGAUAAAUUGUUUUAAAUUGUUCAUUUAACAGAAGGGGACCUUACUAAAAUCCAGUAGACUCUUUGUCUGGUUGGACUUCAACUGAUAACUAUUCUUCUGUUGUCGAAGCUUUGUAAGUGCUUAUACAUUCCUUUUCGGUUCAUUUCCCGAAAUUUAGAAAGAAAAAUAGUAACAAACAGGUAAUGAAUUACACAAUAAUACAUAGAAAGAUCCUGAAAAUUGUGUAGUAUAUAAUCUAUAUAUAUUUCAACUGACAUCUGUUUCCUUGUAUGGGAGAUUACCACAGAUGUAAUUUGAAUAAUAUAUAUUUAGAUAAAUAAAAACUAGUACAGCAUCUUGAAGGUAUCAUGUUAGGAAUGAAAAUGUAAAUUUUAUUUACUAUGUGUCAUUAAGUGAAUGGUACAACCGUUCCUAAUUUGUACAUAUUUUAAUACUGUACCAGAGUUUUUUCUGGUUACCUUUAAUAAGGAAAAAAUAAAAUAUUCAUUGAGUUGGAUAUUCCUAACAGUUUUUUUUUUCUUUUUUUUUUUUUUUUUGGUUACAUGAAGUUGUUUUGGGUGUGUUGUUUGUAUGUGCCUGUAAUAAUUUACAAAUGGUGAUCAUCAUGCUACUUUAUUUUUAAGGUUUGUUAUUAUUAUUAUUGGCUGUAUUUUCCAAUGUGAACAAAGGUAUGAACAAGGGGACUUCUUCACUCUGUGAAAGUUAAAUUUGGAGACCCUGUUGAAUUUAGCCAUUAGGAUCUGUACUCUUAAGGAGAAAUGGUUUGUAAAAUGCAUUGCCCUUUGUGUCUGCAAUGAAGGUUUUUUGUUAUUGUUCAUAUACUAUUCACUGUUUAUCACCUGCUGGACAAGACAUAGCUUCAAAUGGUUUAGAAGAGGAGAUAACCUGCUUUUUGCAUUUGUGUAUAUAAGGACUAACAGGACAGUCAGAACAAAGUGAUCUAUUUCAUCUCCUCACCUUGUUCUUACCUUCUGUUUAGGUUUGAAAAUAUGGUAGUAAGUGUUCAACAUUAUAGGCUAACUUAAUUAGUUUUGUCAAGUGUAACAACACUGUAGUUGUAUAUACUGGUUUUGCAUAUUCAGAGAUUGUUUAUGCCUUAGAUAACUGUGUGCAAUAGUAUGUUCUUUUACGCAUGAGAGUCUUGUUGACAAGAAGUACCGGGCGUUUUAUAAGUUUAUAGAAAGGGACGAAAAAAAGUAUUUCGAUGAAAAUCACUUUUUGUUUCAAGUAGCUUUGCUAAGAGUUAGUGAUAAGGAUAUUGAUAGUUAUUUUUCAUUUCUUAUGCCCUCAGAAGUGGGGCAUGAAUCGUCUUUCCCCCUAACUGUAUUUCCUUUUCAUUUUCGAGAGAUCUUAUCAUUUACGACAUGGUCAUGUCUUCACAUAAUAUUCCCCUAUGUGAUCUGGCUUAGGUAUAACACAUUUGUCAGAGAAUUAGCAGAGUGUCUGUUUCAAUAGCUAGAAUAUGUUGAGUGCUCUGGUUCAUUUACCCACAAUUUAGAUCUUAUCAAGAAUAUUGAUUGAGGAAAGCUGUUAGGCAUAGUUGUACUAUGUAUUGUACAGUACUUUUCACUGUUGGAUGCAUUUACUUUUAGUGCAAUGUAUUAUUUGGAGAAUAUUGAAACAGUAUACAUAUUCAAUACAGGAACUCUUUAGAAAUAGUAGAUUGUAAAAUAAUGGAUCCUGCUGGCAAUAUGUAUCACGAUUGGUCUGAAAUAUGUUCCAGGUACAGUAUUUCAAAGUACAGUAUGCCCUGUGCAGGGGUCUAGCACAUACUAAUUACACUCCAGGUCUUGCUCUAGUUUUUUUUUUUUUUAACUUGCUCUGGUCUCCUCCAGUCCAGCAUCUUUUUCACCUCUUAAAAACCAGUUGUUGCAUGCCAGCCCAGUAAGUCAAGCAGUAUGUGUUAGUGGUCUGGUUAAACUAAAUACUCUAAAAAAAAAAACCCAUUUUCAGAUUCAGUAUUGGUAGGUAUGUUGAAGCAAUUAGACAUGAAAAAUGGGUUGUUGUUCACUUUCACUUAGUUUCAGACUAUUAUUUGCAGUAUUAAGAGUCUCUCCUUUAUCCUUCAAGUAAUAACAUUAGGAAACCUUAUAAUUUUAUCAUUUAAAGGUUGUUCAAUGGAGAUGUAAUUCUUUGUUGCCUCAUGUAUGUUACUUUUUGCCAAUAAAAAGUCCGAUUAGAGCAUAUAUUAUAAAACAAUAUUGUCUACAUUUUAAGGUAGGCUGAUGGGAAAGUCCUUGAACUGUAUUGAUAAUUUAGUAUAGUUGUAAGUUAAGUGCAUUACAGUUGUGUGUUUAAAAGACACAGCUUGGAUAGUUUUCUGAUGAAUAGUAUUUUAUGAAUUAUUUAAAUCGUGUUGCAUAGUUGUUAUAUUUUGACUACGUAUUUCAAUUCAAGUUGGACUAAGCAGUUUGUUACGAGAAUAGACACUAUCCUUUGCUUUAUUGAUGGACUGCAAUUGUAGCAAUUUCCAUUAUUCUGUGAAUAAUUUGGUAGUUUUCAAAUUUUAACGAUUUAUACGUUUUACCCAAAUGAGCUAGAAGCCAGGUUUUUCAUGGGUUAAGGUCUGAGAUAGACAAAAUGAGUUUAAAAGUGCAGGUCUUGCAUUCCUUUUUUAUUUUUUUGUGUUCCCUUUGGUUUUUCCCACUUCUGUGUCCAGCUUCUUGAAUUUAAUUGCUGUAUUUCAUGUCUCUUCAUGACAAAUUCCCGAGAGUAGAAGUAUGGCAUAGUGGUCUAGCUAGCCUUUGGAGGGUUCAAUUAUACCUCAUCAUAUUUCCAGCUUGUGAGAUUUCAGUGAAAUCACAUGACAAUCUCGAAGUUAAUUUGUUCUGACUUUUUCUUUUGAUUUUUUUUCAUAUUUGAAUACUGUACGAUAAAAUCCAGGUAUUCUACUUCAGAAUAACUGUGUAACCAGAAGACAUUUUGAAAAUUUCAAUCAAAUAACAGCAAGUCUCAAAAGAAAAAAAGAAAAAAGAAAAAAGUUUGCCAUAAUAAGUGACUCAUAAAAUCUCUCAUAAGGGGAAAGCUAUUUUAUUAUAGGGCUUGUUUUGAUUGCUGUACAGUACUGUAAUUGCUUAAGUAUGAAUUUAUAGCACAGGCUACCUAGUUUGUUUCGUUCUCUAUUUAAGGGUGCCUUUCUUGAAGAGCCUGUCAAGAUUAUAGUCCUUAGAUAACAGUGGUGUAGUUUUAAAUUUUGCUGCCACAAAGAAGCAACAAAUUAAUUUAAGUCAUCCAUAUUAGUUUUUCUAAUCAGUGGUGUUAUUCAUACAUAAACCUACUAUGUUUCCAAGUGCUUUCAGAAUUUGCCGCCUUUUUAAGUGAUAGGGGUCACAGAUACAGUUUAUUCAGUCUUUAAAUAUUAUAUUCAGUAGUAAAGAGUAUUCAGGAGACACUUCUGUUAGCAUUGUAGCUAAUUUUAAAGUAACUGCGUACAUGAAGAAUACCUCACAGAAGCUUUUUAGUUUGCAGUAUAGAAGAAAUUCUUUGUGCAGGUUGUGAAUAGUGCAAUAAUUGUCAGCCUACAUUUUUUUUUUUUUUUUGACCAAGUACUCUUAAAAGUUUGGGAACUCGACAGUAAAAUGUAGGAUUUUGUUUGUCACUGCACUCGUGCUACUUUCUUAAAAGCUAUAUCAAGAGGCAGCUGAACAUUUCCACAGUUAAAGUCAGAAAGGUCUUACAUGUGGGUAAGUGGACCUAGAGCCCAUUACUGCUCUUCAAAAUAUAAGAACUCCACAGAGCAGAUUCACUAAUAGUUAGCCUUGGUCAUUUUGUACGCAUUAGUUCCUGAUAAGGAAGGUAAUGAACAGGAAUCAUUGUGAAAAGCAGGAAUUUUUGUUAUGUAAUAAAUAAUAGAACAAUGUAUUACUGA